GUUCUUGCUCACUCAGUGAAGCUGAUCAGUGUCUGCAGAGGAGGAACCUAGCGGAGCUCCAUCACCCACUCUCCUGCCACUGCCUUGGAUUCUGCCACUGAGCUGCUUUAAGGAUUUAAGAGGGGGGAUUGUCCUACUUUCUGAGCUUCCAAAUCUUUUUUUGUCUGCUGGACCCUGAAUAGAACUUAGAGCGUCCUCAAAUGGCAACGAAAAUUGACAAGGAAGCGUGCAGAGAAGCUUACAAUCUGGUGAGAGAUGAUACCAAUGAAACGAGCUGGGUAACUUUUAUAUAUGAUGGCCAUACUAUAGUCCCAGGAGAACAGGGUGCAACCUAUGAAGAAUUUAUAUCUGCUUGCAAAGAUGAUAUCAGGCUGUAUGCUUACAUCCGAUUCAUAACUGGGGAUGCCAUGAGCAAAAGAACCAAGUUCGUCCUAAUCACCUGGAUUGGUGAAAAUGUUGGUGGCCUCCAGAGAGCCAAAACUGGCACAGACAAGACCCUGGUGAAAGAUGUAGUGCAGAACUUUGCCAAAGAGCUGGUGAUCACAGACCAUAAAGAGCUGGAGGAAGAUUACAUAAGAAAUGAGUUAAAGAAAGCAGGCGGAGCCAAUUAUGAUGCCCAGGCUGAGUAAAGCUAUGCCUCCUUGGUGCCAUCUGCCAGUUUCCAAUCCUGAAGCCAACAACGUGAAAACUGCAGAAUACUUGAGGAAGAAAAACAAAGCAAAAAAGACUGGUUGUUUCUUUUGCAAAUGCCCCUUACCUUGCUUUCCAGCCUACCUGGGCAAACUGGAUGUACAUUGUCAUUCCACAUCACAUCAUCUCUGUAUCCAUCUCCGACAGUGAAAUACUGAAUUGCACCAAACAGAUUUCUGCAUGGGCAUGCACCCACUAAAAUUAGCACUCCCUUUGCCGGUCAAGUAACUAGAAGUUACUGCAGCUCUUGGCAACAUUUGUGGACACUAUAUCCCCAGAAAAAUGACCAAUAGCACAAACAUAUAUUAAAAUUUCUAAUAUUUUUAGUUUUCCUUGGUCCCCUACAUUUCUGGGCCCUCCAGCAGGGGCAAGGUAUGAGCUCCUUAUAGUUAUGCCUAUAUUAAUUGCACAGGUUAUGUCAUUUAUUC